CAACCACAUGCAGGAGAUUGGCAUAAAUGAGCAGCAGUUUGUCGAAGCCUACACCUCUCCCUUCGCCAAGUCAAAAACUUUGCAGGUACACUUUGUGCGUGUGUGUGACUGCCUGCCUGCAAAUGUUAACAUGCUGGGUAUAUACAUUUAGAAUUAUAAUUUUUUUUGGACCUCACUCUGAUGAAUGUAUGUGACUGUCAGACUCAUUCAGUGUGUGUGGAAUCCUAAAUUUUGGAGCAUCUCCGCACCGAGUCACAGAGAAAGUGUUUUACCGUCAGCCAUCUAGGAUCAGUCCCUCUGAGCCUCAUAUGGUGCGAUGUCACGGCUUUUUGAUUCACCUGUUCUUCUCUCCCCUCAUAGAGAGAGAGAGAGAGAGGGAGAGGGAGAGGGAGAGAGGGGCUUAGGGUGGAUCAGCUGACCCAGUUAUAGCAGGCCGCUCAGGCGCUUUGUGUGCUAAGUGUGGAGGAACGCGCUGUCGUAAGUCAACACAGAACUAGAGCUGCUCUAUGCUUUGAGGAGAAUCUGACCCCAUUGUAUGGAGGCCUUCACUGAUUGGUUCUCUUGAGGAGAACCUAACCAUUAUGUUGAGUCGAUAAAUAUCCCAUUUUCUACAGGCUGCAUGAAAUUCCCAUGAAUUUAUUAUAGGAUAUUUUAUAACCUACAAGGGUAUGCUUAUGGUAAGAUCAUCCAAAUUCAAUGUAAAAGGUCUUAACAGGUUGAUGUUGAACAGCCUUGUACAUCCCUGGGCCCUCAGUAAGGCAACAAUCAGCAACUUCGCCAAUAUACAGGUAUGGAAGUAAAUCUGUGCCAUCGGAUUUUGAAAAUAAAAAGCCAUGGAAUUCUAAGCACUGAAUAUUUAUGCAUACAAAUAACAUAUCGGGAUUUUUUCCCUCUGAAUUUAACUCAAUAAAUCAUUUUCAGUUUUGAAAAAUUAAAAACAAAUAUUCAACGUUAAAAUUAGGGCUGCAACAACGAAUCGAUAAAAACGAUAAAAAUCGAUUACUAAAUGCGUUGGCAACGAAUUUGGUCGUCGAUUCGUUCGCGCGAUUAAUAAGUUACUCAUAGGCGCAGCACUGUUUACAGCCAGCCGCCGACAGCGAGCUUUAGGGUGCACUCACACUAGGCCAUCUGGCCGUGGCCGUGGCCGUUUUCCCACCUAACCGUGCUCAAAUCUGCCAGUGUGAGUGUGGCCAGUCUGGCCAGGCCAGGCCAGGCCAAUUUGGCCACUUGGGAGAGGUGUGCUGCUACGGUACGGGCCGCUACGGUACAGAUGCUAAUGAGCCGACACGCGCACACGCACGGCUACGCAAGCUGAGCUGGAUGACGUAUAGUCCAUGCGACGACCACGGACAUAAUAAAGGCGACGAGCCUUCAUUCCCAUUAAACGGUAAACAUCGCGUCAAGCGGUUCAACUGUUGGUGUGUUCUCUGUGUUGUUGUCCAUUGUUGUUAAAACUCUGACUGGCGGCAGACUUUAUUAUGGUACAUGCAGCGGACGCUUGGUGACGUGUUAUGACAUGAUGACGUAUGUACAAGAGCCUACCGUGGCCAUGCCACAGUUGCGACGGCCAACGGCCACAGCCAGAUUGCCUAGUGAAAGCCAGUGAUUUUCAACCUUUUUUGAGCCGCGGCACACAUUUUACGUUUACAAAAUCCUGGGGCACACCACCAACCAAAAUGACACUCUAACACAGUACAUAUAAUGCAUAUUGUAGUGGCGAUUUGUCCUCAAUAAAACAAUAACUUGAAAAUUAAGAAAUCAAACAAAGCAACGUAAUCAAAAUAGCAACUGAGGCACCAGGGGCCGGUUGCACCAACUGGGCGUAAGCCUGGUCUUAACUACGCCUGGUCGUAACUUGGCGUUCUAAGUCCAACCUAACCGUUACGCCGGUUGCACCAACUGGGCUUAGCGUUCUUUUCACUAAGACCAGGCGUAAAUCCUACGCCUGGUCAGGGGCAGGCGUAGAGUUGAAAUUCCAGGCUGUUUCUAUAGCAAUUACAUCCAAUCCAAUGAAGCACUACCACCAUCCUUUAGGGCUGUGACUCCGAACUUCGUUAUUCGAAUAUAAUUCGACUAUCAAAAAAUAAUUCAAAAUUUGAACGAAUAUUAGGCAGCCCUUAAUAUUCGAACCUGUUAUGGGCAGGCCAAGAGGGAGAGACGUCGUAGAACCCGACGCAGUCUAUUCAUAAUAUUGUAAUGACCACGGAAGAGGCAGUGAAUGAAGUAUUGAUUAGAUAGCGAUUUAUUAGAAACCUAAUAAACCGUUGGUACCGUUGCAAGACCGGUAACUAGUGGUGCAACGGUUCACAGGUUUCCCGUGAUCCGUACGGAUCAACCCUCACGGUUCGGGACGCAAGUGAUCCGCGGAUCGGCUGAUAAAAAAAAAAGUUGUGCGUUCACGUGAUCAGCGCCUGUUUAAAGUAUCGUAGCGAAAUACAGUUUCUGUUGUGUUUUAUUUGGCGUUCCGUAAAUCCCGUGGAAACGGAAACCGGAACCGGACAUGUUUAUGUUUGGUUGUAGUCUUUUCGCUCGGUUCUCCGUAUCAACAGUAGGGCUAGAACCGAGCGAAAAGACUACAACCAACCUCCCUUGCAAUGAGCAAUGUGUCUUCCAACCGAAAUCAAUGGAUUUACAAAAUGCCAAAUAAAACGACAGAAACUGUAUUUCGCUAUACCAUACUUGAUGAAAAAAAAGAUGAGGAAGUCUGCAUUGCCAUGGGAGAGUGUAGACUCUAAACUCUCCCCAGGCAAUGCAGUCAUCCUGAAUUGUAAAUCCAGGGUUAGGGAUUACUUACUAUCCAUGUUAAAAGGAGAAGGAAUAAUGCCUCAGAUUGCAUUUUUUUGUAAACAUUGACUAUGCUUAAAGGAAGCAGGAUUAUUACCUAAUCUUUCACUUGAUUUAGUUUUUACACAUUUGAAGAUUUUAUUUAAAGUCACAUUUGUCUUGUUAUCUUUAUUGUUGUUGUUGAUCCGAAAAUGAUCCGACCCGUGACUCAAAAACCGUGAAAAAAAAAACUGUUUUGUGAUCCGUUGCACCCCUACCGGUAACCAUUGCAACGCCGGUAAACAACCCCGGAAAGCCCACUCCAGGUCUUACUGAAGGCAUUUAUUUAAUGGUCAAAAUAUUAUUAAUAAAUAUUUGAAUAUUAAUAUUAAUAAACAAACGAACUUCGAAUAUGAUUUUUGGGCAUAAGUCAAAGCCCUACCAUCCUUGCAACUGCUCAGUACGCUUCGCUAAACUGCAUUUCAAAGCACAGCCGGCGAUAUGAUCAUUGUUCACAGAUCGACUGCCUGUCGGGAAGAUAUCGCUGGCCGAUUAGUCCAUUCUCAACUUAUAAUCAGUUGCGAAUGUUGUUUUAACUAUGUUUAUAUGUUUUAUAUAGGCCGACACAUUAAACAAAUCUCUCCUACAGUCUCAAAACAACUCAAUUUAGCUCCUUGUCAUUUGAUGAUGUUCAAUGCAUUGCUUCUGUCAAAAAGAACCAUUCCCGUCUAAAUGCCUGCUCGUCGUAAACCAGACAUUACAAAUACAUAUUUUAAUUAUAUUAAUUUGCAGUGUUUUAUUGUUAGGCAUUAACACAAUUGAUGAAUGACAAUGAGUGAACGAAUGAAUUAUUUAUUUCGGUGUCCAACAGCAUGUCAAGUAAAAUAGUUAACAGCUGUUGUCACGAGGUAUCCUAGCAACGCGGUGAUAUGCGCAUUCCAUGGAGCAAUCACAUGGCCGUGCAUGGCUAAGACCGGGCGUAGUUAAGACCAGGCGUAAGUCCCGUUGGUGCAACCGGCGUUAGUUCCAUUCUAACGCCAGGUCUUAGCAGUUAUGACCAGGCUUAGUUACGCCCAGUUGGUGCAACCGGCCCCAGGGGGGACGAAUCUUACGCAGUGCAGGGGAAAGGGUCAAUUUAGAUUUCUGCAGGUUUAUUUUCCGAUCGAAAAAUGGGAAAAAAGGCGCAGCUUAUAGUCCGAAAAUUACGGUACAUUAUCUGCGACACUUUAUUACGGCACAGACACCCGACAAUGGUUAAUUAGGUGCUAUUAUACACUGGUGUAAGCUAAUGAUGUAUGAGUAAUUAUUCCUCGAGCAAGGUAGUGAAGCAUUUCAGUCAUCAUUCACGCUGGCACAGAGUGAAAACGCGUUUGCAUUUCCUGUACCAAGUAGUGCUUUUUGUCGUAGUGCCUCUCGGCAGUUCAUAGACCGGAAGAACAUGGAAGCCUCCAUGAAGCUUACCCGUCCUAUGUAACUACAUAUUAAUUAUUCUUCGCUCUGGAGGAUAAGUGAGAUUUUUUACACCAAUGAGGCGUUAUUUAUGAAUGAGUACGUUGAUUUGAGGUAAUAAAUUACUGUGUAAAAUAUUACACAGUGUCCCUUUAAAUAUUUUCAGCGUCCCCAAAUUCAACAUGCCAAAUUCAGCUGCAAAAUUCAAUGCAUGAAAAUUCAGUGUUAACAUGCGGGGACCCAAGGAAUAGCAAUCGAUCCUAGAUGCUUGAUCGCGGUCAAGCAAGGAGAGCGAGCGGGUGUUACACAUUAUUCUGCGACCCACCGACACAUUUUCUGCAACAUGCACGAGUUUGAUAGCCUGGCAAGCCAGACCCAUAUCGGAAAAAUAUUGGGUCUGGUCUUCGUACGGUGGCUGUGUGGGCGGGAUAAACGGUUGUCUUUCAAGUUCCCUCUGCACACAAUAGGAUAGCGCUACAAUCAAUCGGAGCAACGAAGAAGGUAGGGGUGUGCCAAAAUAUCGAUACUACGACAUAUCGCGAUAUUUCGUCUUGCGGGACGUUAUCGAUAUGCUGACGCCAAAUAUCGAUAUUUAAACAAUAAACAUACAGCCGUUCUAAACAGAUUCUCUCACAAAAACCCGCUACAGAUUUAAUAUACAGAGUCACUACUUCAAGACCCCACAUGAGGCGCUCAUGAAUUAGAGUGAAAGCCGCAGUCAGUGAAAAACAAAGAAGAAGAGGGAGACGCAUACGGAGGAAUGGCGCAAAGCGGGGGAUUCGAAAACGGGAACAGACCAAAGCCGGUGAAAGAUGCACCGUCGACUUUCAAAUCAAAAGUCUGGGCCCACUUCGGCUUUUACCAGACUGACAGUGCAACGCUCGAUAAAGAGUUCGCAAUCUGCAAGAACUGCCUCGCUAAGGUCAAGUACACUGGCAACACAACGAACAUGCACAGCCAUCUUGUCCGUCAUCAUCCCGAGCUUGCCGCGGAGGAGAGGAAUGCUUCUGUAAGCCAGCCUACAAUCAAAACUGCAUUUAAAGCAAAGCUUCCUUCUGGGUCCCCCAGGGCUGCAAGUAUUACAAAGUCCAUUGCUUGCUUCAUUUGUAAAGAUCUCAGACCAUACAGUGUAGUUGAAAAUGAAGGUUUCCGCCGAAUGUUAAAUACACUGGAACCAAGAUAUGACAUACCCUGUAGGAAAUACUUCACUGAAAAAGCAAUUUCCGCUUUGUAUACAGAGACGAAAGCACAAGUGGAAAACGCACUUCAGUCUGCUGAGAGAGUUGCACUUACAUGCGACGCGUGGACGUCCAGGGCCACAGAAUCAUUUGUGACAUUCACUGUUCAUUUUCUUCUGGAGUGGGAACUGCGGUCCUAUGUUCUCCAGACCCGGGCGAUGUCCGAGUCGCACACUGGUGCCAACAUGGCAGAAGUCAUACGGAAGGCUACGGAAGAGUGGAAGCUCACGGGGAAAGACCCGGCGGUUGUCACUGACAACGCAUCUAAUAUGACUGUUGCUGUUGAGCUAACUGGAUACCAACACGUUCGGUGUUUUGCACACGUGCUUAACCUUGCUGCACAGCACGCACUGAAAGUGCCAGCUGUUGCUCGACUGACCGGGAGAGUCCGCAGGAUUUCAACGUUUUUUCACAGAAGCACUACAGCCGCCGAUGCACUGAAGAGAAACCAAAGGAUGCUUGCACUGCCACAUCACAAGCUGAUCACAGACGUUGCUGUACGGUGGAACAGCGCUUAUGAGAUGCUGGCCAGGUUCCUUGAGCAGCAGCCUGCCGUCUGUGCUGCCCUCUUAUCUCCUGAGGUAAGAAAGAGCACUAGUGACAUCUGCACCCUGACUGAGACCGACAUCUCAAAUGCCGAACAGGUUGUGCAAGCCCUCAAGCCAAUGCUGGUGGCAACAAAAAUCAUGUGCGAGGAGAAGAGCCCAACAAUCUCCAUAAUUGCUCCGCUCCUUGCCCAGCUUUUGAGUGACACCACUGCCACCAUUGAAGAUUCCUCUCUCGUUAGAGAGAUCAAGACCGCCAUCCUCCGAGACCUGUCCAGGCGCUAUGACUCUAUGGAGGAGAAAAAGUUCCUGCGCAUCUCGUCAGCCUUAGACCCCAGGUUUAAGUCUCUGCAGUUCCUAUUGCCACAAGACGCCCAGGACACAAACACCAAAUUAAUGGAAAUGGCUGCUGCUCUCAAGGAAGAUGAUGCAGACAUGGAUACAUUUCAAGUGAGCCCUGACGACAAGGAGGGAAGCCCUGACCCACAGACUCCAGAGACUAGCGCAGUGAGGGCACACACACCAAGGAAGAGGAAGUCUGCGCUCACUGAUCUCCUUGGUCAGACAUUCAAGAUGACCCACCAACGACUGUCGGCUUCUUCCUUGGCAGAAAGAGAGGUCAAGCAAUACCUAGAUGCUCCACCACUAGCACUGACUGAUGACCCGUUGCACUGGUGGAAGUCUCAUGCUCAAGCCUACCCACUCCUUGCCAAGCUGGCCCAAAGACAUCUCUGUGUCCCAGGGACCAGUGUACCUGCGGAACGUGUCUUCUCUACAGCAGGUGACAUAAUCAGCUCUCAAAGGAGCUGUCUCACCUCUGAACAUGCUGACCAGUUGCUCUUCCUGAAGAAGAACAUGCUGUUUUUUGCACGUUUGCACAUUACAGAUUCAGUUGAAUUUUAUUUUUGCUCUGUGUUAACUUUGUUCUUUGUGUUCAUAAAACAAUUUGAUUCUACUUGUUCAGCAGCACUGUGUCCAUUGUUUACAGAAAAGUUGAUUACUAAGCAAUGAAAUGUUUUCUGCAUUUAUUUUGUUUUCUAAUCUUCUGUUACUUUGCAUAAAAUGUUUUUGUAAUAAAUUCUGAAUUUCUUCAGUGACACAGAUAUCGUGAUGUAUCGUGGGUGAAAUUUCUUGCAAUAUAUCGAUAAUCGCUGUAUCGUGAUAUUAUCGUUAUCGUGGGUAAAAUAUCGUGAUAGUAUCGUAUCGUGGGGUACCUAGUGAUACCCAGCCCUAGAAGAAGGUGACGUAGUCAGAGCGACGAAAAUUUCCAUGGGGAAGUGUUGCGAAUGGUGGAUUGAGAGAAUGGAGACCAACGACUGUUGCUGUUUUUGCCAGAAUAACCUGAGAAUUGCGGGCGUGCUUGUACAUUCAUCGUAGGGCUGGGCGAUAUGGCCUAAAAAAAAAAUCACAAAAAAUCUGAUUUCCGAUUUAAAUCUAUUUACAUAAAAAAGCAUUAUGGUAGGCCUUGCCAUUGUAAACAGUGUAACCUGUAACGUAACAUAAAAUGUAAAAUAUAAAAUAAAAUAUUACUAAUAAUAAGAGGUAGUUCUGAUAAAGUGCCAACAUAACAUUCAAACUUUCAACAUGUGGUCAUAAAUAUACAGUGCUUUGCAAACGGUAAUUACCUUAAAAAAGGGAAUAGUAACGGGAGAAGAAUGAGAAAAACACACGCAGCUCUUUCCUUCAUUCGUCUGUAUUGAAUGAGGAAGAGGAGCGCGAUCCCCCUACUGGAGCCCCGAGGCAUUACCAACAGAUCGACGAAUUACCAACAGAUCGACAAAUUAUUAAACCACACAGAUAUAUUGCAAAUGAAUUAUGUUGACCUCAAAAUAGAUUAUGCAUGUAUGAAUAAAUUGUUGUAAACAACUUGCCACACUCGCUGCCAUGUUUGUGUAUCACUUUGGUAAAUGCGCAUUCCUUGCGGGGGGAGGGCUGAGCCCAUUCCGAACUGCGGGAGCUGAGAGGGAAGCGUUGGCGGAUGUUGAAGAGAAAACCGAAUUUUCAUUGAAAAAAGUCGACGUGAGCUACACACUCGAGUUAAUCGAUAAAAUCGGUUUAUUGCCCAGCCCUAAUUCAUCGAACAUCUUCGAAAGACAGAAAAAAAGUAGCAGAGUCCCAUACGUUUCCCCCCAGCAGAACUAUGGGAAAACAAACUUUUUCCAUAUCUGGUCGGCAAAACUCAGAAUACAUCUUUCUUUUCCAGGAAAGACUUCAGUGCCUUGUUCAUUUCUAAAAGAAAAUUAUAACUUCAAGUCUUGAAGAGUCGCGGCCAAAGCCGAGUCGAAAGACAGCUGUUCGCCAGCAGCAGCAGCCAUUAUUGUUUACCUCUAAUACGGCCGCAGCUCUGUCGUCAUUCUGCUCGAUUCCGCCCCUCACGAUCUGAUUUGCCUUUCACAUUUUCUGUUUCCAGCAGCGAAAAAUGACGACAGAAGGCUAGACCUCCCUGGCUGCAAAUUCAAUUUGCUGCCGCUAGGGGCGUCUAGAUUUCUAGGCUACGAGUUUGAAGCAGGCAGAAGGUCGUUCCAUGGGCCCAUUUAAAGAAAGGACAGCGGACUAAAACAUGGCCGCCCAUUCAUUCCUACGAAAACUUCUCAAUGGCGCUGGGCAACAUCAAGGAGAGAUUUGCUUCUGCAUCAAGGGCGCCUAGCCACCUACUAGUGCAUAACGUGCCGGAUGCAGAAAUAUUCUCGUUCAUUAGCAUUGUUAGCAUUGUAGCAUCAUACGCAAGAGGUAUGAGCGAGCACAGACACAUUGUUUACCGACCAUGGAACAUAACCCCGAUGAUACUCUGUAUGUGAUCUUUAAAUUACACUCCUCCUGCCAUCUGGACAACAAUUAUUAUGUAACAAUUAUUAUGCCGGGCCGAAACAACACUUGUUUCACUACAACUCCUUUCAGCCUCCUUCUCCUGCAAAAAAUACAUGAAUAGAAUAAAACGCUUGAGGUGGUGUUUUGAAAAGUGAAAACUUAAAUUUUAUUAGUGCAUGGUAUGAAGAUAAUUACUUUUAUUGGAGUGAACGCGGAUAUCUACUUCUGGGACUUCAUGAGCUGCGUCUCAAUUAGGCAAGUUUCAAAUGAGGCAUGCGACUUUGUUUGCCAUGCGUCAGAAUGCAUUCUGGGAUGAAAAACAUCAAAUACCUGUGAUAACUUCCGAUGCAACGAGUCACCUGGCUUUCAAAAUUUGCGGUAGUUUGAGGAAAACAACUUCUGACUGCUUUUCUGGGCAUUUGCUCUUGAAUAAUGGUGUGUUCCUGAAUUCUCAGACACCAGCCUUCCGGUCUCGGAGCAUUCAUAGCGUUCCUGUUCGUCUUUGUGAAUGUGGCAUGAAAUUGGCUAGUCGUUGUUUAUUGUUAGCUACAUUAGCCUCUUUAGCAUACCAGCCCAAAAACAAACAACACAACUUUACAUUGUAUUUCACGCACUGCAAGACCAUGCAAUGUAUAAUUGGUGUCUGGAAUAAAUUAGCAAUGUGAUUAAGGGCCCUAUUUUAACGGUCUGAAACGCAAGUGGGAAGCGCAAGUAGCUUUGUGGGCGAUUCUACGGCGCUAUCGCUAUUUUACAGGCGGAUAAAUGACACUUGCGUCGUGGCGCAAGUGUCAAAAGGGUUGGUCUGAAGCAGCCUAGUUACCCGUAGGUGUGGUUUGGGCGUAAAGUCCAACAAACCAAUGAGAGUGCCAGCUCCCAUCCCCUUUAAGAGCCAGGAGCGCAUUUGAAUCGGACGAGUUGAUAUUUUGCGUCUGCAGUCUCCGAUGAGACAGAUGCACAUGAAUUUCAAACUGCAAAUGGCUCAGUUUAUUGCCAAAUAAUAUGGCCUAAUUCACACAUGGAAUAAGGGGUUUUCUUCCACAACUUCCAAAAAUACUGAGUCCUCAAAUACAUUUCGGCAAAGAAAACGUAUAUGAUAUAACAUAUGAUAUGCGGUAACUGUGGUUCUAUUUAAUGAUAUACGCAAUACAUUAUAAACAUUGUUUCUUAUCAGUAUUGUAUGCUAUCCUAAUAUGCAUGUGUCCCCACGGUAAUAGACAUUGCCAUUGAUUGUAUUAUGCGUUACGUGUUUAGUUUGCGUGUGUUUAAACAGAGCACACACGCGCGCCCGCAUUCAUUCAUUCUUUUUAACACUCACUCGCGGUAAAUCGUUUGCAGAUGCAUUGAUUUAAAAGUACAACUUAUUACCGCUGCAUCAGCUGUUCUUUCCCAAAUAAUUUACAAAGAAUGUGCGGCUAGGUAGAUGGGAGAAGCAAAGUGUAUGCGCGAGGUGCACAAGCAAUCCGUACGCAUCGCAUGCGCAUGUAUGCAUGCGCCCAUAAAAUAGCAUCUGAACAACGCGCCACUGACUUUAAACCAGGUAUUUCCUGGUCAGUAGCGCAAUGGUAUUCAGAAACGGCAAAAUACCGUUUGCGCCAGAACACGCCUCCUCCUUCCGCCGAACCGCCCCUUGGGGCGCAUGAUCAAUCCCUAAUUUACCGGCGAGUGGCGGUGGUGGGAAAAGAACGCUCUGCGCCAGUUGUAAACUAGCAACGACACAUGCGCCAGUGACUAAGUCACUUGCGCCGGAUGCAAGAUAGGGCCCUAAGUGUGUAAGAGCAUUUAAAAUCAACAUUAAAAUUACCUACGUGGUACAAAUACAAAACAAAUUAAUCUCUUCACGGGGGCUUUUGUUGAGAGCGUCAUCACUGCUCUCGGCCUACAAGAAAUGCCGCAAGAAAGCUGGGAGAUCUUCGUCUUUCGACUCGGAAGUCUGGCGUUCGAGGAAUCAGGAACACACCAUAAGUGCGGACAUAUGACCCUCCCCUCAAAAUAUCAAAACGUUGCCCUGGUUGUUUGGAAUUACCACAUGGAAUUUCCCACGUGAGAAAUGACAUAUCUCCGAGGCGUGCCCUCUCCUAAACUGGCUGUGUCUCAAUUCAGGGGACGAUCCUUUGAAGGCUGCAUUCGAAGGCCGAUUGCGUCACUGCGACGCGUCAAGGCUUUCCUAUUUCGAAGGCACCUUCAAAUGCAGCCUUCUUUUCCCGGAUUUGAAGGAUCCACCGGCUGGAUCCUUCACAGCCCAACGUAUCCCAAGAUUCAUUGCGCGUUGGAUUGUUAUUACAUAACGGCUCCAUAUUUGUCCUCCGCCGUCCGGUUUGAUUCGCAGCUGUCAGGGUUGCUAGGUGACAGGAGCGGCGCGUCAUCAGGCAAGGUAAAGGGUGUUAACGGCUUGUUACGCAAAACUGGAAAUCAGGGCCGGCGCUCAGCAUAGGCAACCUAUGCGACCUCCUAGGUUGCCUAUGCCGCCGUACAUAGGCACGCCGUACGUUUGCAACGUAAUGAUAGGCUAUAUUUAGCAUGGAUUGAUUUGUUUUAAUAUGUAAGUAGCUGGUGUUUCAACAAGCUACUGUCGUCUACCUCUGGGACUUCAUGAGCUGCUUCUCAAUUAGGCGAGUUUCAGAUGAGGCAUGCGACUUUGUUUGCCAUGCGUCAGAAUGCAUCCUGGGACGAAAAACAUCAAAUACCUGUGAUAACUUCCGAUGCAUGGAUUGAUCUGUUUUAAUAUGUAAGUAGCUGGUGUUUCAACAAGCUACUGUCGCCAAUAACAAUAUUCAACAAUUAAAAUAUUUACCACUGGAGCAGUAUUAAAAAGCGGAAGCGCUUCCACAUAAGCAAGUCGUUCCAAACUCUGAACUAGGGCUGCAACUAACGAUUAUUUUAAUAAUCGAUUAAUCUGUUGAUUAUUUUUUCGAUGAAUCGGAUAAAAAAAAGAAACAUUUGUAAUUGCCGCAUCUUUAUUCAAAAACUGAACAUUACUUCAAAUUCACAGUGCAGACUGAAGUGUAAAAACACCAGGUUAUUGCGCCAACAUCUCGGAACUAUUAAAAGUAAUAUUAAAUAAUUAAACAAUUAAAAAAACAUAACUGGGAUAACACAAAAAAAAACAUACAAUGUAUGAUAUACUUUUAUAUGUAUAUAAGGGAUUUCCAUGGUUAACCGGUCAAACCUAUUGAUACCAUUUUCGAGACUCCUUGAAAUAGAACUUGUAAUAUUGCUUUAAUUGCUGAUAAGAUUCAAGAUUCAAGAUUCAAGAUGCUUUAUUUAUCCCGGGGGAAAUUAUUGUGCAACAGUUACAAUACAAAGGUGGAAAAGUAAUACAGGGUUAGAGUCAAAAUAGAUAAAAUAGAUGGAAGUAAAAUAAGUACAAACUAAAUAAGUGAAAAGGAGCGAUUAGAUAAAAGUGGUAUUAGUGGUAAAAGUGGUAAAGUGAUAAAUAAAUAUUAUAGAAGCAAUUGUUGGCAGCAUAAAUUAACUAAAGUGAUUAAAUAAAUAAAUUGGGUAAAAAUAAUUAAAUAAAUAAAUAAAGUGACAUUGGUCUCAGGGCAUAGUGUCUCCACGGGCCCUUCUGCAGCCGGAGGUAGUUGCAUUAAACAGUCUGAUGGCCACAGGAAGAAAAUACUUCCUCUGGCGUUCUGUGUUACACCGGGGGAGGAUGAGUCUGUUGCUGAAGGUGCUUCUGCUCGAGGUCAGCACCUGGUGGAGAGGGUGAGCAUUGUUGACCAGGAUAUUGUGCAGUAUACACAGCAUCCUCCUCUCAGACACCACCACCAAAGAGUCCAGCUGGACCCCCAGGAUGGAGCCAGCCUUCCUGAUGAUCCUACUGAUCUUCCUGGCAUCUGCUGCCCUCAGCCUGCUGCCCCAGCACACAACUGCAAAAAAAUGGCACUGGCUAUCAUCGACUGGUAGAACAUCCUCAGCAUGAUGUUACAUACUUUGAAGGACCGGAGCUUCCUCAAGAAAUAGAGUCGACUCUGGCCCUUCUUGUAAACAGCCUCGGUGUUCUUGGCCCAGUCCAGUUUGUUAUCCAGGUAUACUCCAAGGUAUUUGUAAUCCUGGACAACAUCCACAGUCACACCGUUGAUGGAGAUGGGUGUAGGGGCAGAUUUCCUCCUGCGGAAAUCCACCACCAGCUCCUUAGUCUUGGUGGGGUUGAUAAGCAGAUGGUUAGUUGCACACCACUCGAUAAAGGAGUCCACAACGCUCUUGUACUCCUCCUCCUUCCCCUCACUAACACAGCCAACAAUUGCAGAGUCAUCCGCAAACUUCUGCAGGUGGCAGGACUCAGAGAGGAACUGAAAGUCUGAGGUGUACAGGGAGAACAGAAAGGGGGAAAGAACAGUUCCCUGAGGAGCCCCAGUGCUGCUGAACACAGUAUCAGACACACCGUCCUGCAGUCUGACAUACUGCGGUCGACCUGUCAAAUAGUCUGUAAUCCAGGAAACCAGGGGAGGGUCCACCUGCAUCGCCGUCAGCUUACUCCCCAGCAGAGCAGGCCGGAUGGUGUUGAACGCACUGGAGAAGUCCAAGAACAGGAUUCUCACAGUGCUUCCCGGACUGUCCAGGUGGGCGCAGGCACGGUGGAGCAGGAAGAUGAUGGCGUCCUCCACACCUAGUCUCGGCUGGUAAGCAAACUGAAGAGGGUCCAAUGAUGAGCUGGCCAAGGGCCGAAGAAGUGACAGGACCAGCCUCUCCAGUGACUUCAUCAGGUGAGACGUCAGUGCCACCGGUCUGUAGUCGUUGAGGAUGCUGGGACGCGCCUUCUUCGGUACAGGUACCAGGCAGGAUGUCUUCCACAGUACAGGGACCCUCUCCAGACUCAGGCUCAGGUUGAAGAUGUGCUGCAGAACUCCACUCAGCUGGGUUGCACAUGUUUUGAGGACCCUUGGGCUGACACCGUCGGGUCCUGCUGCCUUGCCAGGGCGGAGUCUGCACAGCUCCUUCCUCACCUGCUCUGCAGUGAAGGUCUGUCUGCCGUGUGUGUUGA